CACCACAACACCCACCCACUCACUUCACUCUACUGUGGCAAGUCCAUGUCACCCAUGACGUAGGCAGCGUCUCUCAAAGUCUCCCACAGUCUUUGCCUGUCAUUGAUAUCAGUAGGCAGACACGGCAGGGAGAAAACCAGGGGAUGUCUGGUGGGAUCUUCUCCCCUUUGGAUAACCUCUAUGACCCAGACAGUGCCAAUUGCCACCCCUUGGUGUGCCACUUGUGCCAUGAGCAGUAUGAGCACCCAUGCCUACUGGAUUGUUAUCAUACCUUCUGUGCUAGCUGCCUGCGGGGCAGGGCUGUGGACAGUCGGCUAACAUGCCCCCUGUGUGGACAUCAGACAGUUGUUAAAGGCAUAAACCCACUUCCUCCUGAGGACCGUCUCCUUAAGUUCCUUGUGGACAACUCGACUGACAGCGAGGACACAGUGCAGUGUGCCAACUGUGACUUGGAGUGCAAGAAACAGGAUGUGGAUGCAAUGUAUUAUUGCAACACUUGUAGCCAACCCCUGUGUGGAGACUGCAAGGACAGCACCCAUAAGGCCAAGAUGUUCUCCCGUCACGAGAUUGUCUCCUUGGCUAAGCGCACCAAAGAGGCCCAUAAAAAAUGCGCCCUCCAUGAGGAGCUCUACAUCAUGUUCUCCACUGAGAAGAAGUCCAUGCUGUGCAUCAACUGUUUCAGAGACAUGCAGGUGGAGAGCAGAGCACACUGCAUUGAUAUUGAGACAGCAUAUAUGCAAGGCUGUGAAAAAUUGGACCACGCCGUCCUAGCAGUGAAGGAACUCCAGACUUCAGCCCGGGAAGCCAUCAUUCUGCUGAAGGCUAUGAUUGGAGAGGUCAGGGCCAAUGUGGAUGAGGAGGACAAUGCUAUCUGUGCUCUCUUCAACAGCAUGCAGGAGAAACUGGCAGAAAGGAAGAAGAUUCUCCUCAAGGCUGCUAAAAGUCAGCACGAGGAGAAGGAGCGAGCUUUCCAAGAGCAGCUGUCCCAUUUAGCAGCUCUGCUUCCUACCCUCCAAGUUCAUCUUGUGACAUGUUCUGCCUUCCUUUGUUCUGCCAAUAAAUUUGAGUUCCUGGACAUGGGUUAUCAACUGAUGGAGAGGCUGAAAAAGAUUGCAAAAUUGCCUCACAGACUAAGGCCGACUCAGGGCAGUAAGAUAAAUACAGAGUACCGGUCAGAGUUCGCCCGCUGCCUGGAGCCUCUGUUGCUGAUUGGCCAGCGCCGCUCCGUCUCUGGCAGUGUCUCAGGAUUGUGCCUUGGCAACUCCAGUGGACUCCUGCAGUCUUCUCUCUGCGCACCCUGCCACUGUCCUGCUGGCAGCGACAUGUCCCUGAGUUCCUCAGUGGUGUGGAAGCCCACCGCCCACCGCUACAUCAGCACCAAGGUCCUGCUGGCUGAGGGUGGGGAGACGCCCUUCACAGAGCACUGCCGCAACUACGAGGGCAGUUACAGGACCCUACAGACUGAAAUCCAGAUGCUGAAAGACCAGGUGCAGGAGGUUCACAGAGAUCUGACCAAGCACCACUCCCUUAUCAAAACAGACACCAUGAACGAGAUCCUCGAGAAAUCUGUGCACGUGGACCGAGAUAUUUCCACAGAAGCAUCCUCAGUGGAAAAGAUGAGAGCCAUGUUUGAAGAGGUCUGGGAGGAGACUUUUCAGAGAGUAGCAAAUGAACAGGAAAUCUACGAAGCACAGCUUCAUGACCUGCUUCAGCUGAGGCAAGAGAACUCCUACCUGACUACCAUCGCCAGGCAGAUUGGCCCCUACAUCCGGUCCAUUGCCAAGGUCAAGGAACGUCUUGAGCCCAGGCUAAAAGAGCCCAAGGUGUUUAAGGACGAUCGGACAGAGACAUUGGUCAAAAUCUAUGAUGAGAGCAGUGCUACUGACUCCCGGAGUGACACAUCCAGUACUGACGAUGAGGGUCUGGAGAAAUCGCUGGACAACUAUUCGCUGUUGGAUGAGACCACACCCAAGAGCAAGGACCACUACAGAGCAAGCAGGCAGAAGAGUCCUACAGAACUAUUGUCUCACAAGGAGAUACCUAUUUAGCACCAACACACCCUCUAAACAAAGAACUUCAUAAAUCAUAUUCUCAAGCAUGAACCAGGUUUAUGAAAAGUGUAAAAGAAAUGACAAAGCAUCUCAAACUGAUUAAACAUUUAACUUUA